CCAGAGUCUCUCAUGGGUCCCUGUACGGCCUCCCAUUGCUGCUGUCUCCAUCGCCACACACUCUGCCAUGUGCCACUUUCAGGUCUCCUCACACACUGCUGGUGUGUAGAAUUUUUUGACAUAGGGUGCUGGCAGAUUACGGGCCCCCUAUAGCUGCUGCCAGGCCCCUAAUCUGCCAUGGGCCCCUAUAUACCGCCUCCUCAUGCUGCUGCCAGUUCCAGAGUCUCUCAUGGGUCCCUGUACGGCCUCCCAUUGCUGCUGUCUCCAUCGCCACACUCUGCCAUGUGCCACUUUCAGGUCUCCUCACACACUGCUGGUUUCCAGAGUCUCUCAUGGGUCCCUGUACGGCCUCCCAUUGCUGCUGUCUCCAUCGCCACACUCUGCCAUGUGCCACUUUCAGGUCUCCUC